CGAGGGAGGUUUCCUUUUACCCUCGGGGAGACGAGCUCUCAACGGUUCCCUCUCAGCCGUCUCCCCCAAGCCCCCGUCCCCUCCCCUGCUCCCACCCCCUUCUCCCGGCGCCGGGUGCAAGGUCCCUUUAAGGCGACGGCGCCUUCCUCGGGUCAGACUACCGGCGGCGACGACCACGGGAGCAUGGCGGACACCGACCUCUUUAUGGAAUGUGAGGAGGAGGAGCUGGAGCCAUGGCAGAAAAUCAGUGAUGUCAUUGAGGAUUCUGUCGUUGAAGAUUAUAAUUCAGUGGAUAAAACUCCUACAGUUUCUGUGAGCCAGCAGCCAGUCUCGGCUCCAGUGCCCAUCGCUGCCCAUGCUUCUGUUGCUGGGCACCUCUCUACAUCCACCACCGUUAGUAGCAGCGGGGCACAGAACAGCGACAGUACAAAGAAGACUCUUGUCACACUAAUUGCGAACAACAAUGCUGGCAAUUCUUUGGUCCAACAAGGUGGACAGCCACUCAUCCUAACCCAGAAUCCAACCCCAGGUCUGGGCACAAUGGUUACUCAACCAGUGUUGAGGCCUGUCCAGGUCAUGCAGAAUGCCAAUCAUGUGACUAGUUCUCCUGUGGCCUCACAACCAAUAUUCAUCACUACACAGGGAUUUCCUGUAAGAAAUGUCCGGCCUGUACAAAAUGCAAUGAAUCAGGUUGGGAUUGUGCUGAACGUACAGCAAGGCCAAACGGUUAGACCAAUAACACUAGUCCCAGCCCCAGGUACCCAGUUUGUUAAGCCGACAGUUGGAGUCCCACAAGUGUUCUCUCAGAUGACCCCAGUGAGGCCAGGCUCCACAAUGCCUGUGCGGCCCACCACCAACACCUUCACCACUGUCAUCCCAGCUACUCUGACCAUUCGAAGCACCGUCCCGCAGUCCCAGUCCCAGCAGACCAAGUCCACACCCAGCACCUCCACCACUCCCACUGCCACACAGCCGACCUCACUGGGGCAGCUAGCUGCUCAGCCUCCAGGCCAAUCCAGCCAGACCCCCAAUCCCAAGCUAGUGAGCAUUGCCAGCUUUGUCACUGUGAAGCGACCUGGGGUUACAGGUGAAAAUAGCAAUGAAGUAGCCAAACUGGUGAAUACCCUUAACACCAUCCCUUCACUGGGCCAGAGUCCUGGGCCAGUGGUGGUAUCCAACAACAGUUCUGCCCAUGGCUCCCAGAGAACCAGCGGACCUGAGUCUUCUAUGAAAGUGACCUCUUCUUCUAUCCCAGUGUUCGACCUCCAGGAUGGUGGACGGAAAAUAUGUCCACGGUGUAAUGCUCAAUUCCGUGUUACUGAAGCUUUGAGAGGUCACAUGUGUUACUGUUGCCCAGAAAUGGUGGAAUACCAGAAGAAAGGAAAAUCUCUGGAUUCAGAACCCAGUGUCCCAUCAGCUGCAAAGCCCCCAUCCCCUGAGAAAACAGCUCCUGUUGCUUCCACACCCUCUUCUACACCUAUUCCUGCUUUGUCACCACCUACCAAAGUACCAGAGCCAAAUGAGAAUGUGGGUGAUGCUGUCCAGACCAAACUCAUCAUGCUAGUAGAUGACUUCUACUAUGGACGGGAUGGUGGCAAAGUGGCCCAACUCACAAACUUCCCUAAGGUUGCCACAUCUUUCCGAUGCCCACAUUGUACCAAAAGGCUAAAAAACAACAUUCGAUUCAUGAACCAUAUGAAACACCACGUAGAACUCGAUCAGCAGAACGGUGAGGUAGAUGGUCAUACUAUCUGCCAGCACUGUUACCGCCAGUUUUCCACGCCCUUCCAGCUCCAGUGCCACUUGGAAAAUGUUCAUAGUCCUUACGAAUCGACUACCAAGUGCAAGAUCUGUGAGUGGGCGUUUGAGAGUGAGCCACUAUUUCUCCAGCAUAUGAAGGAUACUCAUAAGCCUGGAGAGAUGCCUUAUGUCUGCCAGGUGUGUCAGUAUCGCUCCUCACUCUACUCUGAGGUAGAUGUCCAUUUUCGGAUGAUCCAUGAGGAUACUCGGCAUCUGCUCUGCCCUUAUUGCCUGAAGGUCUUCAAAAAUGGCAAUGCAUUCCAACAGCAUUACAUGAGGCACCAGAAGAGGAACGUUUAUCACUGCAACAAAUGCCGGCUGCAGUUUCUCUUUGCCAAGGACAAAAUUGAACACAAGCUUCAGCACCAUAAAACCUUCCGUAAACCCAAGCAGCUAGAAGGUUUGAAACCAGGCACGAAGGUGACAAUCCGGGCUUCCCGAGGGCAGCCACGAACUGUUCCUGUUUCCUCCAAUGAUGCACCUCCCAGCACCUUGCAGGAGGCAGCACCACUGUCCUCCUCAACGGACCCUCUGCCUGUCUUCCUUUAUCCCCCUGUCCGGCGCAACAUCCAGAAGAGAGCUGUUAGGAAAAUGAGUGUCAUGGGCCGGCAGACGUGCCUGGAGUGCAGCUUUGAGAUCCCGGAUUUCCCUAAUCAUUUCCCUACUUAUGUUCACUGCUCUCUCUGUCGCUAUAGCACCUGCUGCUCUCGAGCCUAUGCCAACCACAUGAUCAACAAUCAUGUUCCACGCAAGAGCCCCAAGUAUUUGGCUUUGUUUAAAAAUUCUGUGAGUGGAAUCAAGCUGGCUUGCACUUCAUGUACCUUUGUUACCUCUGUGGGAGAUGCCAUGGCCAAGCAUUUGGUAUUCAACCCCUCUCACAGAUCCAGCAGCAUCCUGCCACGGGGACUCACUUGGAUGUCUCACUCAAGACAUGGCCACACUCGUGACCGAGUGCAUGACCGGGGCUUGAAGAAUAUAUAUCCGCUUCCUGCCUUCCCCUCUAAUAAAACUGCCACUGUGAAAUCUGCGGGGGCCACCCCAGCUGAGCCUGAAGAGCUUCCAACUCCUAUGGCCCAAACACUCCCGUCACCAGCCUCAACCGCAACCCCACCACCAACCCCAACCCACCCCCAGCCUUUAGCCCUUCCACCCUUGGCUGCAGAGGGAGCCGAAUGUCUGAAUGUUGAUGACCAGGAUGAAGGGAGCCCAGUCAUCCAGGAGCCUGAGCAGGCAACAGGGGGCGGUAGUGGCAGUGGGGUUGGCAAGAAGGAGCAGCUGUCUGUGAAGAAGCUUCGAGUGGUACUGUUUGCCCUGUGCUGCAAUACAGAACAGGCCGCUGAACACUUCCGAAAUCCCCAACGACGGAUCCGGCGUUGGCUUCGGCGCUUCCAGGCCUCCCAGGGGGAGAAUCUGGAGGGCAAAUAUCUGAGCUUAGAAGCAGAAGAGAAGCUGGCUGAGUGGGUCCUAACCCAGCGAGAGCAACAGCUACCUGUGAAUGAGGAGACCUUGUUCCAGAAGGCCACCAAAAUAGGACGUUCUUUGGAGGGGGGGUUUAAGAUCUCUUAUGAGUGGGCUGUGCGUUUCAUGCUCCGGCACCACCUGACUCCCCAUGCCCGACGAGCUGUGGCCCACACCCUACCUAAGGAUGUGGCAGAGAAUGCAGGGCUCUUCAUUGAAUUCGUACAACGACAGAUUCACAACCAGGACUUACCCUUGUCCAUGAUUGUGGCUAUUGAUGAGAUCUCCUUGUUCCUGGAUACAGAGGUGCUGAGCAGUGAUGACCGUAAGGAGAAUGCCCUGCAGACAGUGGGCACAGGGGAACCUUGGUGUGACGUGGUGCUGGCCAUUCUAGCAGAUGGCACUGUCCUCCCCACCCUGGUUUUCUACCGAGGACAAAUGGAUCAACCUGCUAAUGUGCCAGACUCUAUAUUGCUAGAGGCGAAGGAGAGUGGCUACAGUGAUGACGAGAUCAUGGAGCUGUGGUCAGCCCGAGUGUGGCAGAAGCACACCGCUUGCCAGCGCAGCAAAGGCAUGCUUGUGAUGGACUGUCAUCGCACUCACUUGUCCGAAGAGGUGCUGGCUAUGCUUAGUGCCUCUAGCACCUUGCCUGCGGUGGUCCCCGCAGGCUGUAGCUCCAAAAUCCAGCCGUUAGAUGUAUGCAUCAAACGAACUGUCAAGAACUUCCUACACAAAAAGUGGAAGGAGCAGGCUCGGGAAAUGGCAGAUACCGCGUGCGAUUCUGAUGUCCUGCUUCAACUGGUGCUGGUCUGGCUGGCCGAGGUGCUGGGCGUCAUUGGGGACUGUCCAGAGCUGGUGCAGCGGUCCUUCCUUGUGGCUAGUGUUCUGCCUGGCCCUGAUGGCAACAUUCACUCACCCACGAGAAAUGCUGACAUGCAGGAGGAGCUCAUUGCCUCCCUAGAGGAGCAGCUGAAGCUGAGUGGGGAACAGUCUGAGGAGCCCUCAGCUUCCACUCCCCGACCCAGGUCAUCUCCUGAAGAGACAAUUGAGCCUGAAAGCCUUCACCAGCUCUUUGAGGGUGAAAGCGAGACCGAGUCCUUUUAUGGCUUUGAAGAAGCUGACCUAGAUCUGAUGGAGAUUUGAGUGUUGGGGUCAUGAGCGGGUGUGGAGUGGGGGUGGGAAAGUGUGAAGGGGGGGGUAGGGGGAUUUCGGGGAAAGGGGAUAUGCCAGGUCGGGUAUUUGGUUUAUAUUUUUUAAUUUUAUGCCACCACUCCCCCCGAUGGUGACUUCUGUUUCCCUGUGGAUUUGUGGAUUAUUAGGAAUACCAGUAGUGAUCCCGUCUGAGCCAAGAGCUGGCCCAUUGGUUGUUCACUUCUGCUAAAAACAGGUUUUCGUGACUUUUUUUUUUUUUUUUUAAAUUUAAA